AUGUCGCUACUCGGUCAAAUCACACAUUGGAUUGUCUACCAGACCAAGUUUCUCUCGCCGCUCACUCUUCCCCUCCCCUCGCCCCUCUUCCGACCCGUCGGCCCUCUCGCCAAUAUCAUCAACCACAUCACCUCGACGCCGGUGCAUGAAACAUACUUUCCCUUUCUCCGUUUUGGUGUCAUCCAUGCUGCUCGAGUCACCACCGUCUUCUCCGCUCUCAAGCAAGCGUCAUCAACGGGACCAAGUGCGGGAGGGCUUCAGGAUCUGAUCGCAUAUCUCACUUUGGCUUGGGGAGGAGGUACCACCAUCUCCCUUCUUCUCUCAGAACCUCCCUCCUGGCUACUCUCCCCCGCCCCUUGGAUCAUUUACGUCCCCAUAUAUCUCCUCCUCGUCCCUACCGGUCUCUCUCAGUACAUUGUCAUCACAUGUCCUCCUCUCAUCUUGUCACUCGUUGGGGCAUACAUCGACGGUCUUACACGUGGCACGACAAUCUCUUCUUUACCUCCCGCCCUCCCCUCUGAAGUGACACUAUGGACUCAAGUCCUCCUCUCUGGCAUCGCCAUCGUCUCCGGAGGUUUCAUCUUUCAACUCCUCGGCAUGCACAAACGUACAUGGCAACUCACCACUCCUUCGAUUCUCCUCGGAGGGAUAUGGGCGACGUUGGAAUUGUGGGGCGGGAUGUUAGUUGGGUUGACGUAUGCCGCUCUCAUGCGGACACACGAAGACGUAGCAUGGUUGGGGGACCUUUUCUCGCUGGCACUACCUCGAGAAUUGCAGAGUGGAUUCAAAGCGGAGGGCAAGUUGGGAAGCGUGGUGGAUCACGAUACUGCACGUGCACUCUGCGUACUGCUUUUCGGAUCUUUGUUGGCUUUACGUGUCGUCGUCACCACUUUCCUUUACUCGUCAAAGUCACACGAGAGGGCGAAAAUUGUCGCUCACUCGGCCAAGACGAAGAAAGAACCAGUGGUGGAGAUUGAGACGCGUAAAAGGGAUUUGCUGGAGUCAACCAUGCUUGAGGGAAGUGUCGAAGGAGAGAAAGCAGAGGUGAUCAAGAGUCCUAAUUCUCGAGGAUCAACAUCGGGGUCGAAAAGUCGCGCAAGGACACCGAGGAAGAGUCCCAGGUUGAGAUAG